UCGGUAUAUUCCGAGGAAUUCAUUUUCCGUCGGAACGUCCGUCAGAAUACCGCUGUUUUCUUGUAGUGUAAAUUAUAUUUCACAACAAAAAUUUAUUUUUUUCUUAAGGAUCCCAACUUCGGACUCACCAUUGUACACCUAUUUUUCACAAGAGUCCUUAACAAUUAAAAAAAAAAAAAAAAAAACAAAAAAGAUUAAUCUAAUCCUAAGGACUCCACAAUGGGUAUCACCAUUGUGGGUGCUCUGAGCUGAGUUGUAUAUAUUGCUUGUCUCUGUCACUGCCACUUCUCCGCAAACCCUAAAAACACUCUCUCCCUCUUUCUCUCUCUCUCUCUGUCUCUCUCUCUCUCUCGACUGUAAAUGGCGACGGUUUGCGUUAACAAUGUUGGUACUUCGCCGGAGAAGAAGCUAUCAACGGCGACUUACUCUUGUAGAAGCUCCAAAAUGUCAGUGAUGAGCCAAAAAUCUCAACCGUCGGAUCCUAAGUUAGAAAACGAAGAUCCUGUAGACUUUGAGUUUCUUCUCGAAGAUCCCGUGACAAUGUUAACCGCCGACGAGCUUUUCUCCGACGGCAAGCUAAUCCCACUUAAGUUUUCCGGCGCGGUAAGUUCGAGAGAGAAGCCUAUAACAACGUCUAUUAACACGGCGGCGAAACCAUGCCGAAGACUAGAGAUGGAGAGUUCUGAUCCUUACGCCUUCUCUCCUAGAGCUCCUCGUUGCACCAUGAGAUGGCGUGAGCUUCUAGGCCUUAAGAGACUCACCAAAACGCCAGAAGAAGCGUCCUCGCCGCCUUCGCGGUUGUCUUCUUCUACUCCAAACUCCAAAACGGCGUCGUUUAGGUAUUUACUCAACCGAAGCUCCAAAUCUUCUAAGGACUCGGACAUCUCGGAGACGUCAACGUCCAUCUCCUCUUCACGUCUCUCCCUCUCCUCAUCCUCUUCCUCCGGCCACGACCUCGACGACGCUCCUAGGCUCUCUCUAGACCACGACAACAAACCAAACAACGCUCCAAACCCGUUUGCUCAGUCACGUGCCCACCACCACCAUCUUAGGAAGCUACGACGUCAUUCACCGUCUGAUAAAACGACGGAGAGGGUGUUAACGGUGACGGCGGAUAGUCCGAGACUAAAUGCUUCGGGGAAGAUCGUGUUUCAUGGGCUCGAGAGAAGCUCUAGCAGUCCAGGUAACUUCACAGGCGGACCAAGAAUGAAGCAUCACCAUGGGAUGCCGAGAUCUCAAUCUGCUAAUGUGAGAAUCACUCCUGUUCUUAAUGUUCCUGUCUCUUCCCUCCGUGGUGGUGGUUCGAUACCAGGUCUCACCUUUGGCCAGCUUUUCACUUCUUCGUCUGGGAACAACAUUACCAAGAACCGUACCAAGACUUGAACCGACUAGCUAAACCGGAUUCAACUUGUACUUGUACCGGCUUUAGUAGCAAAGAGCUUCGUUUUAGUGGGGGUGGUUUCAUCAGAUGAGGUUAGAUUUGGGUUCAAAAUGUAAAUAAAGAGAAAUAUAUGAUUUUCUAUUGUGGUUCUGCAUGGAGCGAGUUGUUCGAAACUGGAGAAAACAAGACAGUCAUUAAAAUACUGUAGCAAGAGUAAGAAGUGCUUCCCAUGUUCAGAGGGUUUAUAUUCGAAGAUAUUAAACCACAUGUUUAGAUAAUAUAAAAAUGUUUUGGCUCGUUAUCGACGUACCAUUGUACUUUAUUAGUAAUUUAGUAUCAUACUUGUAUUUACACUUCAGGGGAGCGACAGCUUUUGUUAAUUUUAUCUUAACCUCCCUAUAAAAAAAGGUUAAUGAUUCUGCAUGUUAGAGACAAUCCAAAAUGCAAAUCUUCUCCGUAUCGGCUUACUUCAUCUACUGCACCCUAGGUAUUAUUUUAUAGUCAGUGUCAACUUAGUGUAAUAAUUUGAGUGAAGAGACAGCUUUAACUGUGGUUGGUCAUGUGUUUGGUCCAGAUCAGGUAUUGCUACAUAUUUGAUCUCCAAUGCGUAUAUUAUUGCAUACAUUAAUUAAGGUGGUCAAAUGGUAUGCGAGACCUGAUAAUGUGCUAAACUAUUUUUAUUGAUUUUUUCCUUGAAACAAAACCACAUUUAUAUAAGAAAGAAAAAAUCAGAUCAAACAAUAUUUUUUUUAGGACUGGCUGGAAUACCCGAUAAAAUACAUGAAGAAUGCGUAUAUCAUUUGUAAACCAUGAUAAAUAUAUAGAUUGUUAUAGACUAGACAUGUAGAUUUUAAAGUAUAAGGACGCUGGUCGCCUCAAAAUAUAACUUCAAGCCAUGAAUAUCAUAUUUAGAUCAUUUCUAACGGUUCCUCGUUUUGAUGAAAAUAUCAAAAACAAGAAAAAAAAUUCCAGAGAUACACUAUUUUGAGGGAAGAUGAGUUUAUGAAUACUAUUCUUUGAAAUUUGAAAAAAUACUAUUCAUAAACUCAUUUUAGUGUUAAACUUUUAUAUCUAUAAAUUAGUCCUUGAAAUUUUUAUAAUUUGUUUUACUAAAAAUAUUUAAUAUUUAUGUUUUUUAUACUUUUACAUUUAUUAAUACUUUACUAAUACAGUUAUUUAUGUAAAUUAUUAUAUAUUUUUAGAGCUAAAAUUAUAUGUAUAUAAUGAAGAUUUAGUUCAAAUAAAUUUUUAUUUAGGUAAAAUUCGUAAGUUUUAUAAAAAAUAAUAAACAUUUUGGUAUUAAUAAUAAGUAGUACUAAUAUAAUAUAUUUAACAAAUCUUUUUGAAAGGAAAAAUGAAAAAAAAAACCAUUGGAACAAAAUACAAAUUCAUUUUAAAUUUACUUUCAUUUCGAAAGAAGAAAAUGAGAUAAACUAUCGGAGAUAUAGUAGAUACCCUUAAUUAGAAAUAAUAGAACUUGUUUAUAACCAAGAAUGGUCAAAGCGUGAAGAAACAUGUCAGUAGCUGCAUUUUGUUCGAGUAAAUAAAGACUGGUUCCAAUAAUUUUUUGUCUCUAUAUAAAUACAUCAUCACAAAUAAAGGUUGUUCGUCAUUCUCGAAACAUGGUGUUUUCAAUCCCAUCCGUUGGAUAUUUCGUUCGUCUCCACCUCUCAGUUUAGUGGCAGUAAUAUCAGCGUAUAUCACAGAACAAAGAUGGGGGCUACAAACACGUAUAAUUGUUCCAUUACAAAAACACCACUCCAGUAUUUGAAUGGUAAGUGUAGGAGUUCGCCCUAGCUUCAUCUUCUCUCCCAGGCACGAAGACCGAGACAGCCGCAUCUCCAGAAUGAGCUUCCCCUCCGGUGCUUUCCCCGGUGACAGCUCCACUCUCUGAUGUCAUCGUCUCCUCCUCUUCAGUGCCGCCGUGUUUCCCUUCACCGGCGAGAGACCUUUUCUGACCUGUUUGAGCCUGCAAUUUCGGUUGUCAUCCCGCUUCCUUUCCCAGCACUGACGACGCAACCUUUGCAGCUCAAACUCACGGUCUACCCUCCUCGGCGAGCCCCCUCGCUCAUGGAUCUGAGCUCCCGACCUCCACCUCCGCUGGAGCCUCCAGACCCACCGGAUCCACCGGAUCGAGCCACCUCUUCACAAUCCAAAACCUUCACCGUCAUCGUGCCGUUCUUUCCACUCGAGCUCGUUUUGGUAGAUCCGAAGAACCUUCUGGUUCUCUCGGUCUCUCACUCCUUGGCUUAUGCGUGUGAUUUCGUCAACCUCCUCGUUUCAACUUUACUCAAGCUGAGGACUCUUGAAGUUUUUGUUGUCUUGUUGGAUGGUUUGAAUUUCACCAGAGUCGGGUCUAGAGUCACUGCACAUGUUCCUCUCUCGACAAUUUAUGUCAAUCCGGCGAAUCCGGCGACCAAUGUAGGUGGGACUCCACUCCGGCGACCAGAUCUGUUUUUUAAAAGGUCGAGAAGACAAUCAUCCUCCAGCGACAUUUCUCUCCCCCGCUCCAUCCUUUCCAUCCCCCAUGUCUGGCCUCCGCCUGAAGAUCCAUGCCAUCAACCACCGCAAACAUACCUUAUCUCACAACUGUUUUUAAAUCUGGCGUCCGAUGUAGGUGGGAAUCCACUCCGGCGUCCAGCUUUGAGCCAUCUAUUUGUAAAGUUGGCGUCCGAUGUAGGUGGGAAUCCACUCCGGCGUUCAGCUCUGAGCCAUCGAAAGCUAGUAAGGUCAUGUUGUCGGCGCACAACUCUCAUUUCCUCCUCUGUCGUGGAGAGUACUUUAUUACCAUGUCUUCUUUCUAUGAAUGGAGAAAAUUUCUCGGAUUCUUUUCCGAGCUUUAAUUUCAGUUUACUCACCGGUUUGUUACCUUGUGGAGCGGUCUGUAUGGGGCCUGAAGGUGCAAUCGAGACUACUUUGGUUUUACUCGUUGGUGAGGGCUGUCUCUCAACGUCACUUGUGACUAUUUCUCAGCGGUCCGACUUUGUCGUGAAAGCUUUAUCGACGCAUUCAAUCUUAGUAUUGAAUUCGCUGUCAACUUCAUAUGAAGAUUUAUCAUGCUUGGUUUUAUUUGCUAGUGUAGUUUAUGAAUUUUCUUCAAGAGGAUGUUUAAUUCCCUCUUGGCUUUGUAGUCUUUGAAUUUGAAGUUAAUGAAAGUUUGUGUUUCAAAAAAAAAAAAAAGUAUUUGAAUGGUAAGUAAAUGGAGUAUAAAUUUUGCGACAAAAAAUUAUUGCUACUAGCUGGUGAUAUAACGACAAGUAUGUAAUAAAUCCAUCGGCGUUAGCUGAAUUAAUAGAAACGUCUUAAAUUCAUUAGAAAAAACGAUGUACACAACAAUCAAACUUCCCAUCGUUGCACACGUAACAAAACUAUGACAAAAUGUGACAUAACUAACUGUAAAUACUUUAUUACAUUAAUUUUUUAAAAACAUAGUCUUGAAUUAAGAACUAGACUUGGAGUUCUGGAUUGAUGCUAAUUCUGAUUAAUAUAUACUAUUAGAAUUUUAAUCACUGUAAAACUAAUUUAUAAUCAUAUAUGAACGUGGUUUUGUCACACAAAAUAAUAUACUAAUUUACAUAGUAUGAGCAUGUCAUUUGAUUAUAGGUUUAAUAUGCCAUAUGCAUGUACAUAAUAUAUCAAAGCAGAGUACCUUCUCUACGGUCUUCUUGACUAACUUUUGAAUCUAUGGGGACCCAUAGUCCUCUUGGUGAUUAUUUGGAUUUUCGCUGUCACAUUCGACUAAAAAUUAGAACGUACGUCCAGUAUAACUACAGUUUUAAUCACUGGAUAUAGAAAAAUUCAACCACUUAUUUCUAAGUUGCACUCAAUUAAAGGGAUGUUCUCACGAGUUGCAUUACUACCCAAAAUAUUUAAAAUAAUGAAAGUAGCUAGUUAUCUAUGCCUCAACGAGUUGUAAAUUAAACAUUAACUUGAAUUCAUGUUUUUUUUGCCGUUAUAUUUAUCUUAUAGCUUAAUUGAGCAUGCAGUAUUACAUUUCGAAAUGUUAUAAUAUGUAUAUGCAUCAAGGGACAGAUAGCAAAAAAGCAUAUAAAAUACUAUAUAUAUAGUAGACAUUGAAGGGUAAUAAAAAAUGAAUGAAGUAGGGGAAAUGAAGGAGAGAACGUGAAGGUGGGCAGUCUUGCGCCCUCUGAUAGAUUAUCUAUCUCCUGUUUGAUUCUCAUGGUGCUUUUAUUCAAAUGUCUUUUUUAUUCAAAUGUCUGUUUGCUCUUUAUAUAUCUUUUUCUAUCUAUUAUUACGGAUGUCUCUGCAUGAUAUAUUGGGACAUAGUGUCACGACAAGUGGCCUAACUCCUAAAUAAAGAAGGCCGACAUGAAAGGAGGUAUUAGUUAGGAAAAUAUACCGAGUUUAGUAUGUCAAAUAGACUUAACAUGUUAUAGUUUUCACUUCAUAGAAUAGUAAAUACAUAAAGUCCAAAAUUAAUAGUCCAGUAUAAGACCCUAUAAACCUAGCUAAUCUACAUCUUACUGGUCCUGUGAGAUUGAUUUGAAUUAUAUACGUUACGAAUUUAUAAUAUAUAUGGCCGGAGACACUACCCACUCUAUGAACUAGGACAAUGCACGUCCUUAUCCAAAUUCGGCAACAAUUGACAAACUAUAUGAUGGAUAUAUCAAAUACAAAAGAGCUAGUAAUAAUUUCACGGCAUUAAAUCAGUUUGGUGGUAGCCCCUCUCGUUUGACCGAUACUCCAUCCUUUUUUAUUAGACAAUAGGAUUGUACACAUAAAUAAAAAAGAGUUAUAAUAUUUUUUUUUUAUACUUUCAAAACAAAAAUAUCAUUGAUUGUCUAACUAACCAUAAUUCAACUAAUGGUAUCUACAUGACUACAUGAUAUAAAAGUCGUAUAAUAUAAAUAUUAUUAAACUUUACAUUGAUUUUUUUUUAACUUGGAAAAUGUUUCUCUAAAAUGUAAAGUAUACUAAAAAAGGAGAGAAGAUUAUAUACGAUUAGUUCUGUUAUGAGCAUGGAAAAUCUAUAUCUUUAUAUAUACACACAUUGGCAUUUAGUGAAUAUGAAUGAAACAAGGGGACGCAUAUAUUGGCUGCAGAAAAACAAGAGGGCAGCUUGAGCUGGGUUCUUAGCUGUCGCUACAGUGAACUAAUUGCCACAUCAAAUAGUAACCAUUUAUUGCUUUAACUAAAUUGCACAGUGUGAGGAAUGGGAAGCAGCAAAAAUACAAAAACAAAGAAGAAAUAAGCGACAAAAAUGUACAAGUGAUUGCAAUGGGAAUGAAGAUGUAUUACUGUUAAAGUCAAAACCGGAACUAUGUGUCGAUGUGUAAGAAGCAGCAACACUUUGUUAUGUAUUUUGUCUUCUUCUCAUAUCUCUAGCUGUACAUCUUACAUACUUUCUUGUCUUGUUUUUCAUCUCCUCUACCAUUUCUUGUCGACACAAUCUAAAUUAACAACAAGAAACUAAAAAGACUUGUUUAGUCGACAUGAAUCAUGGUUGAUGGAAGGUUACGAGCACUUCGUGCUAAUUUUGUAGUUUAUGUGUAUUAAUGUCGGUUAAUUAUGUCAAUAACUGAAAGUAGGGAAAACUCAUUAUAGUGAUGAAAUGCGUCCCAAGUGUGUCGAGAAUGCAAAUCCCUCUAGAGGCAUAGACACUAUUUGCACCCAGUCAGAACAAUCUCUAACACUUCAUCGAGGCGUUGAACAACUUUUAUAUACUCUAUUGCCCAAAUCAAAAUCUCACAUUUUAUAUGUAAAACAAUAUUUUUUCGGCUCUUCAUUGUUCCCAUCAUUGGUUCUUCAUAUUUUUUUCACUACAAUACCAACCCUGUCCUGAGAAGAUAUCUAGAUCUUUCCAGUCGCCAUCCACUUGACACAGCCUAUAGCAUUGGUUUGCAACUUUGCAUUCAUUAAAGUUGCAGACUCUAAGUUGGCAUCAUUCUUGUUAAAUCUUCUCUACCAUUUAUUCCUAUAAUUACCUGCUUAUUAAUUACACAUCCUUACAUGGGCCUUCUUAGGCCCGUUUAAAAUAUUAGGGCCUUGUCCAAUUUUAAGCUAGGGGAAGUAGAAACCCUAGCUAUAUAUAGUAGAGAGACGAGUGAAACUCAGCUGAACAUCCCAGCUCGGCGAUUUCACGAUGAGAGCCAAGUGGAAGAAGAAGCGCAUGAGGAGAUUGAAGAGGAAGCGCAGAAAGAUGAGACAGAGAUCUAAGUAGUCUUUGUCUUGCUCUAUCUUCUAAUCUCUGGUGGUUGCUUUCUAGUUUCUUGAACCGUUUAUGUUUUGUGUUUUGAACAAUCAUGUGUAGAACAUGUUAUUUGCUUACUCCCUUUUAUUAUCUACAAAGCAGAGGUUUAAUAUUA